AAAGUGUCCAGGAAUGAAGUGACUUGACAUUCAGUGAUGUGUAUUGAUAAACAUUGAAGUUCAUAUAUAUAUGUAAAAAAUUAAAAGUGAAUAAGUUCUGCAUUUCACUGCCAAGAUGAGUGAAUAUAGGGAACGUUAUAACCACUACAUGGAAAUGUACAAAAUUGUGCCACCAUCAGAGGUGGGCCGCCAUGAGUCAUGGACGGGAGGUUAUGACUAUUAUGAUAAUCAGAACCGUCGUCAUCAUCGUAGAAGUACAGGAUCCUUGGAACUGUGUAAUCAGGUGGACAACUUCAUACACCAGGUUCAUCACGCCAAACAAAUGUUACGUCAAUCUAGUCUCUUUAAUAUAGAAAAUAAUAAUAGAAUAAAUGAUGAUUAUUUGAGAAGAUUUAACAGACAACAUCAUAGUCAUUUUAGUGGAAAACCUCCUCGCAUUCUAAAAUCACUGCCUCAGAAUCGUUUAGAUGCCAUACCAAUACAUUUGUCCAGUCAAAACAAUCAGUCAGCAAUGAGUUCAGAAUUCAGAGAGACAUUGGAUAGAUGGCGCAGUUCUAAACGUCGGGUUAAGCAAUCUAGUCAUGAGAUAAAGGAUGCGGAGAAAUCGUUUCAUCAACACAUUGCAUUAAACUGGGACAAUCUUUAUUCCUCCUCAGAUAUUGAGUCGGACUCUCAGUCUGACACGAAAACUAAACAUAAAUCACAGUCAGAGUAUGGCAAAGGGGGAUAUCAUCCUGUAAAGAUUGGAGACUUGUUCAACAAUAAAUACCAUGUGAUAAGGAAACUAGGAUGGGGCCAUUUCUCUACUGUCUGGUUAUGUUGGGAUAUGUCAUGCAAAAGAUUUGUAGCUUUGAAGGUUGUGAAGAGUGCCCAACAUUACACAGAAACAGCUCUGGAUGAAAUUAAAUUAUUGAAAUGUGUCAGAGAAAGUGACGAAAGUGAUGAUUACAGAGAGAGAACAGUCCAGCUGUUAGAUGAUUUUAAAAUUUCUGGUAUAAACGGAACACAUGUCUGUAUGGUAUUUGAAGUUUUAGGAAAUAAUUUAUUGAAGUUGAUAAUUCGAUCAAAUUACCAAGGAAUUCCUGUGCGAAAUGUCAAGUCUAUAAUAAAACAGGUUUUACAAGGGUUACAUUAUUUGCAUGUGAAAUGUAAAAUAAUUCAUACAGAUAUAAAACCAGAAAACGUCCUGAUGUGUGUGGAUGAUACGCACAUUCGUAAAUUAGCAGCUGAUGCUUUUGAAUGGCAAAAGAUUGGUUGUCCUAUCCCAGGGUCAGCAGUGAGUACAGCACCAAAAGAGAAACCAGACACGUCCAAAAUGUCCAAAAAUAAGAAGAAAAAGAUGAAGAAGAAAUUAAAGAAACAGCAGCAGUUAUUAGAGGUGCAAAUGCUACAAAUAGAGGAAAGUCAAAUUGAUUCAACGAUGACACAGAGUGCCAGUAUCAACUCUUUUCCUGAAGGGAACCCAACAGGGGAAGGCAUGGACCAAACUGAUCAAGACAACACAGAAACCAGCGAUCUGCCAAAUUCUGAAACUUCCAGUCUCAAUAUGCCUAGCUCUGAAAGUUCUAACCUGAUUUCACCCAUUUCGGACAGCUCUAAUCUUAUAUCACCAACUUCUGAAAGUUCUAAUCCAUUGCCCAAUAGUGAAAGUACUGUCCCUAGCUCUGACGCAUCACCUGUGAUUGAACAAGCAAAUAUAACCAAAAAUGAUAGUGAAAUAACUAUUACCGAAUCAGAUAAUAAUAAUAAAGUGAAAGAGAAAAAUAUUGUGAAUGAAACAAAAACUGAAAAUGCAAACGAAAAUAAUGUUGAAAACAAAUCCACAGAAAUGUGUCAACCGGACAUUAUAGACUUAAAUAUCAAAGAGGUUGAAUCCAAAUUAAAUGUGGAAAAUGAAAAGAAAUCGGUGGAGGAAGGACAACAAAAUUCAGAGGUUGUACACGAUGCAGGGGAUGUUCCCAUGUGUAAUGGAUUUGAAUCUCAGAACGGUGAUGUGAAUACAAACUUUUCUAGUAAAUGUGAGACAGCAAUGGACCAAGAAGUGCCACAAGAGGAAGCACAAGACCAUCGGGGAAAUAGACGCUCACAUAGUCCAAGUAGUCAGACUCCCAGUGAUAAAACAGAUUCUUCAAGUGGGAAAGCAAAUGCUGCCAGACCAGAUCCUGUGAGAGAAGAAUGUGACAUUCCUGUUAAAAUUGCUGAUUUAGGAAAUGCCUGUUGGACAUAUCACAGGUUUACAGAAGAUAUCCAGACCAGACAGUAUAGAUGUCUGGAAGUGUUAAUAGGGGCAGGGUAUGGUCCUCCUGCAGAUAUCUGGAGUACUGCAUGUAUGGCAUUUGAGUUGAUUGUUGGUGAUUAUUUAUUUGAGCCUCAUUCAGGAGAAGACUACUCUAGAGAUGAAGACCACAUUGCCCAUAUUAUAGAACUUCUAGGGCCAAUACCUCGCCAUAUAGCACUGGCCGGCAAAUAUUCCAGGGAAUUCUUUAAUAGAAGGGGUGAGCUUAAACACAUUUUAAAACUAAAACCAUGGGCUCUAACUGAGGUGUUACAAGAAAAGUAUGAAUGGACGCCAGAGGAAGCGGGAGCAUUUGGAGAUUUUAUUGUCCCCAUGUUAGAAUUCGAUCCAGAGAAACGUGCAACUGCAGAGGAAUGUCUUCAGCAUCCUUGGUUAAAUGAAGUUUGAACUUCAGUGACACAAUUCAUGCUAAGCUGACUACAUGCACAUUAACGAGAUUUGACAUUGUGUACAUCACUUCCUACAAAAACUAUAGUGAAAAAUACAUGUAUGCUGCUUGGAUUUCUUCUCAUGUUAUCAAAGUUUCACUGGCUGUUUAUAUGUAUUUAUAAGUUGGUUUCAUUUGUCAUUACUUAAGAUUAAUAUAUACAAGAGACUUCAAUUUUUAUUCACACAGUAUUCAGUUAUAUACACUAUGUGUAUGAAUUCAGUACUUAACAGAGCAUACUAGAACUAGGUUAGGGUUUAGGUAUCAGUGUGUUUUGCACAAACAGUUUGAUUUUUGUGUUUGAAAUUGUUAGGGUAAACUAUGUUUCUUUAGAAGUUUGUAUUUACUAUUGUAAAUCUUAGAUGAUGGUAUUUUUUUACUAGACUAAACGAGUGACAUUUUUGUAUGGAAAAAAGUAAAGUAAGAGUUCUAAAUAUUGCUACAGCUAUAUUGUUCAAUUUUUCUUUUCAUUUAUUAAAAGUAUUUUGAUGAUUUCAAAAAUGAUAGUACAAUGUUUAAACUUUCUGUAUUCAAGAAAAAGAUGUUUUUUAUAAUCCUUCAUUACCAAGCCAGCUCUCAAUUGCUUCAUUAAAUUGCAUGUAUAUCACUUAUACACUGGGAUUGUUCAUAUAUACUGUGGAUUCAUUCAUUUUCUUGGGUAACAAUAUUCGUGGAUAAAGGAAAACUUAUAUGUUCAUGGAUAUAUAAUUUGGUGUUUUGCCAAGUUCUGCAUACAAUCCUAUAGAAAAUUUGUCCUUCGUUGUACAUUUAGUUUCGUUGUUUACCUUUACCCAUAAAAUCCUUGAAAAAUGGUACCCAACGAAUAAUGAUAAAUCAACAGUAUCUCUCUUGACUAUAUUUAACAUGAAAUGGAACAUACUGUAAACCAACUUUCAUGACUGUAAAACUUGUUUAACGUUUGAAGAAAUAUAACACCAGCAGAUUCAUCAUCCAUUCAGCCAUUAGCAGUUGUCUUUUUUAUGACAACAGAAAUACUUAUAUAUAAUUUCAUGUAAUUAAAUAUGCUCGUGGUAUGCUUGAAUGUGUGAAAUUUUUAAUGCAGAUUGAAUAUUUGAGUUUAAGUUGAAAGGUCUUAUGUUAGAUAUAUAUAUAUUUUUCUUUGCUUUACAAAAAAUUCGGAAGUUUUCAACUUGAAAUACAUAUCAGCAAAUAGGUCUAACAAACAGUGGGACCAUAUUGGAUAGUAGAAGUAUUUAAAUGUAAUAGUAUUUAAAGUUAAAGUGCUCUUUUCUACCAAGUAUUCUACUGUAGUAUGGCUACCUGUUGUAAACAAUAUAGAGCCGAUCAUAUACAUAUUUAGAUAGAUCAUAAAGUCAUAAAACUUUUGAGUAGCCUUUUAGCACAUGAUAAAUAUAAUGUAAAGACCGGUUAUAGUUUUGCUAUAGUAGAUUUUUUCUCUGCAGUGAAAAAGUACACGUCAUAUUCCAAAAGCAUUUUGUACUAGCAUGAUCAUACUAGAAUGAAUUCUUCUGUUUAAGAAUUCCUUUUACAUUACAGAAAAUAUUAAAUGAGUUAUGUUUUCUUAUCAGUGCUAUUUAAACAUUCCUUUUUUAGUAAGUUAAUAUUAGGUUAAUUUGUGAAGGAUUAGGACAGUGGCAAGUCUACACAAUACAUUUGUAAUAGCAUUACCUAGUAAAAGUAAUUACUUGUGAAAUAGAAUGAUUUUCAUUGCUUGUGUAAAAUGAAACCUAACUAAUCCAAAGCCUGAUAAUGAUCAUUAAAAAGCAUCUUUUAAAAAAAUGAUCAACUCAAAUUGGACAGAAUUUUCAAUCAAAAGGGGGUUGAUAAGAAUAAAAGUGAUGAUUUGCACUUGUGUUAAAGAAGACAAGUCUUUAAAUCAGUAAUGUGUUUGUAAUAGGCAAUUUCUUCAAUUUUUUUUAAGCACUAAUGUGAAACAGAAGUAAAAUAAUGUGUAUCUUUAGAAGCUUAGAAAUGAUUUAUGGAAACCUUUGCCACAAACGUUUCAAUGAAUUUGAAGACUUGUGUUCUUUAACCUUUGUCUUCUUCCAUUAAAAAAUAUUUCAGAAAAUUUAUAAAAACUAAUACCUAACUGCUACCAAGUCACAAAUAGUGCUGAUGUUCUGUUGAACAAGACAUUUUUAAUUGUUUAUACUUAUUUUCUAUUUAUUACCAUGUUAUUUGUUCUAGAAAUCCCUUUAUUUUUACAGUCAAGAUUCUAUGUGCUACAAAAGGUUGUUUUAGUUUUCACAUUUAAUAACAUGAUUGUCUAUUUAAAAAAAUGAAAAUGGCUUAAUUUGAUUAUCAACCUUAUACAAUUGGUACUAAAAAGUUCUGUAGUGAACUUAAAAAAAACCUUCAAAAUCUGCAAGUUCGAUGGGAAUAACUUUUUAACUUAAAUGAAAAUUUCUUGACAAAUUUAUUCACUAGGUGAUCAUUACAAGUCUCAAGCCUAUGCAAAAAAGCAAGAUGUUUGAAAAUCGUUUAAAAAGACACAUGAACUGAAUAAAUGCCAUCAAGAUGAAUGCUUGAUGUCACAAUGUCUUAGAAUAUACUGCUACAGUUAGGUUUAUACAGUGUCAGAAUUGUUUAUUAGCAGAUCUUUUGUAUAAAACAGCAAAUAUGUUCUUCUUGAAUGUUUGUUUGUAUGACUGUUGGAGAAUGAUACAUGUUUGAAUACAAUUUGUGAAUAGAUUAUUGUAUUUCA